AUGAGUCACGCCUUAGCGAAGAAGAUGGAGCCCUUCGAUGAGGAGAUGAGAUUAGUUGAUGCGCAUUGUCACAUACAGUUCGACGGAACGUUCACUCGUCUAGAAGCGCUGCUUGUACAGCACCCCGAGGCGAGUGUGGGGGAAAUAGGCCUAGACGGAUCUCGCAAGGGUGCUCAUGUGGCCCAUGAUAUCCAGAAUGAGGUAUUCGUAGCCCAGCUACACCUAGCCAAGCGGAUGAAGAGACCCGUGUCCGUGCACUGUGUGCGUCGCUACGGACGAGUUUUAGAAGGUCUUCGGAAGGCCAACAAGACGCACAACGAGGGGUCUCCGGUAGCACCGUGGUGUCUGCUGCAUGGCUACAACGGUCCUGUGGAGAUGAUCGGCCAAUUCGUCCGUGCAGGCGCUGUGUUUUCCUUUGGUCUGUCACUGACACACACCCCUUCACCCAAACAGAUAGCUGCUGUGAGAGCGGUGCCGUUAAACGCUUUGCUUCUGGAAACUGACAGCCCUGACAACCGUUCGUGCACCGAACCCGCUGACAUGGCAGCGGUAGCUAAGUGUGUGGCCGAAGUUCGGGAUAUGAGCGAAAGCGAAUUGAAGGCCUUGGUAUGGGACACAUCUGUUACCUUUUUCGGAAUCGCCACAGAACAUGAUGAGGUGUAGUGCGUGUGCGUACUGCGCUGAUAUGUUCGGGAGAAACCCAAUACACAUAAAACUCGUAAGCCUUGGACAGCAACAGGCAAUGAACCUACAGAUUCUUAGGUAAGGAGGGUCUGGCAUCCGAAGCUCGAGCACUAUUGCUAUUAAAGUUGAAAAUCUCGC